GGGAAAAAGUCACGUGACGCGAGCCUUUAAAUGAGUAACAACAGUCGAAGACGUCAUCGUUGAAGGACGGCAAUACGGCGAUCAAAACCAACAAACCCGAGGUUUGGAUCUCGGCUACAUGUAGCUGUCAGCAGCUAAACGUCCUUGUCGCAAUGGCUGAUGACCUGAAGAGAUACCUGUACAAGCAGCUGCCGAGUGUUGAAGGGCUCCAUGCAAUCGUUGUGACAGACCGAGAUGGGGUUCCGGUAAUCAAAGUGGCUAAUGACAACGCCCCAGAGUACGCCCUAAGGCCUGCUUUCCUGUCCACUUUUGCUCUGGCCACUGACCAAGGCAGCAAGCUGGGCCUCUCCAACAACAAGAGCAUCAUUUGCUACUACAACACAUAUCAGAUAGUGCAGUUCAACCGCCUGCCUCUGGUGAUCAGCUUUAUUGCCAGCAGCAGUGCCAACACAGGUUUGAUAAUCAGCUUGGAGAAGGACCUUGCUCCCUUGAUCGAGGACUUGCGGCAGGUUGUGGAGGUUGCUUAGAGAAGAUCUGCUGCGGCCCUGAAAGGGGUGGUCCUUUUGAAUUGUGGAAAUGACUUGUCACCGUCUUUCACAGCUGAUGCUAAACAGAUCUUUCGGUUCAGAAACACGCAGCACAGUCAUGAUUUUAAAGAAA